AUGGACCGCUUGGACGUCGGUGCGAUAGCGUUCAUUCUCGGCGACGGUGAGAUCCUCAAGGAUUCGGCUCGGCCUAAGACCAAGACAUCUUACUGCUCGUCCCUUGCCGAGGCAUCUGAUUCCCGCUGCUGCUGCGAUCCCUACUUUCGGCUUUUCUCCUCAUUCGACGGCUACGAAGGUCAUCACAUCACACGCGCCGAGAACGAGGACGCUGCCGACUUCUGUCGUGACGACGACAACACGACAAAUCCUGCAGCCCUGAAAUACUACGAGCUGCCUGGGGUCGGCACUGGCAUUGGUGCGGCGAGCCAAGGCGCAUCGAUCGACGAGGAGUAUCAGUUCCCGACGGACACGUCUACUCGUUUGGCCUCGCCGACAGAUGCGACUGCGCAGAUGAGCGCGGCGGUGGAGACACCUAAGCCAAGUACUCCCGAUGCUCAUGUGCAAGACCCUCCCCAAGCUUCUACAAUCAUUCAGCCCUCUUCGGUUCACCUGAACAACCGUACCUUAAUUCCUCUGGCUCUGCAGAGCGUUUACGGAUCGAUCCCUUGCCACCCGUGUCUCUGUAUUCGCCACUGA